CCAACGUUUGCGUUGGUCGCGCGAUGCGUUGAUUCUUCUACUUGACGCGAAAACAGCUGUGCCGUUCGCGAUAAGAGCUCGUGAAAAUGCGCGAAAAUUGCGUAAGAAUCGACGCGAAGAUAUCAUUAUUACCGAAACAUUGAGACAUUGCGAAAGAUAAACAUUGUUAUAAUAUAUUGCGUCGAUUCGAAAUGACCACCCGAUGUAAUUUGAAUCGGCGACAUUUUCGCGAUCAAGAGCUCGUUUAAGUGAUCAAUUAGGGUGGGAGCGAUAUAAUUCGAUCCGUUCGGCGACGAGGGAACAAGUGGAGAACUGAAAGCGGAUGUUUGUGCACCUCUUCGUACGGAUUGACAAUAAUGCUCGUUUCGUGCUCGAGCAGUUAGUUGUGCACGGGAAAGUGUUUCUAUGGCAUUCGGGGAUCAAUCGCAUUACAUCAAGGUGCGGCAACCACGAUUAACAGCUGAAGCGUCUCCUCCUACACAUGUCACUGGCCGCACGUGUCACAUGACAUUGUUAUUCCGCACGAUAGACGCUGAAAGUCGAUUCGUCCGAAAAGCUGCGGUUCCGCGGUUCCCCAUGCGAUUGAUUGCAGAAAAACCAAUUGAUUUUAUUUUCCCGUCCACCUAAUUAAUAAUAAUCUUAUUUGACAUUAACGCUAGAUAUCGAAUUUUAUUAGAUACGAGGACAUUCCGAUUAAAAUCGGAUCAUUAUCCAGCAGUAAGAAAAAAUAUAAAAAUGUAGAAACGUGUCAUAUAUGAAAAUAAAAUUGACGCGCGCGACAUAUAUUUGUAUCUGUUAGAUAAUGAAAUAUAAGUUUCAAAAUGUAAAAUAUAAAAAGUUGAACCGUGCGUUGCGCUUUUUUGGAAACAUCAGAUUGUCGCAUAAAAAGUACGCAGGUUAAAUAUUUCAACGCUUUAUAGCUCUCCCUUUGACAACGUAAAAGUUUCGUCAGAAACACACUUGACUAUGGUCGUUCGAGUUAGAUCGAGGGAAAGAUACUUCAAACGCGUGAUAAAAAAAUCCAGAAAAGUUAUCACAUUUCCCCGGAGUCACAAAUCAGUGAAUAACAAAUCUUCUCUUCUGGACGAAGGUAAUAAAUUAUAAAAGGGAUUGAUAAUGUGGUAUAUUUUUAUGAAUAGAUACUAAACCGAGAUUCGAUUAUUCCGAUCAGGUUGCUGAAGAGAGGCAUCGAAAUGACAAAAACGUCUUCCCGUUCGCAAUCAAGCGUGCCAAUACUUCCGUUUAUGAAUUUCUAACAUAUACGUGAAAACUAAUAUUGCUAAAUGAAGAACGAUCAUCAUAGACUAUUAAUAUAUAAUUGGCUUUAAUCUAAUAAUUAUCUUCAUUAAUAAGAUCAUUUUUCCUAAUGAAAUAUAAGCCAAAUCAACCGCGCGUCGCAACACAAUAAUCAAUCCUUGAUAUAAUUGCAUAAUAGUGAUCAUCAUUCUUAAUCAUUUUUUUCAAAAAAAAAAAAAAAUCGUCCUCCAUCCGCAAUAAUAACAAUCUGUGCGACGUUUUACACAAAGAUCCAACGGAAGAAGUUGUCACAGUAAUGACCUAGCCGAAAAAGAGCAGAGCUCGGAGGCUCCGGGAAGAGAGAAAAGUUCAUUGAUCUCCUCGCGCAUAACAUUAUAAAGAGCUUUGCACGCCCCCUCAAGACUACCUCAUCUCGGAAUGAAUUCCAAUUUCUCAGGGAUGAAUUCCACCCUGAAUUUCACGCCGACGGUCUCGGCGGAAACGGAAUACUGCAACGCCGGAUUUGAAUCCUUCUACAACUGGUAUGUACAGGUGCACGGCUGGGCCAGUCUGUUCGUGUGCAUAUUCGGCUCCAUUGCCAACGUUCUCAACAUUGCUGUGCUCACGCGUCGCGAGAUGCAAUCGCCCACCAACAUGAUCCUUACCGGACUCGCUGUGGCCGAUCUCUUUGUGAUGAUCGAAUACAUCCCGUACGCGAUCCACAUGUACCUCUACAAGCGAUCCCGCAGGGACACCUUCACCUACAGCUGGGGUAUCUUCGUACUAUUUCACUCGCACUUCGGCCAAGUGUGUCACACGAUCUCAAUUUUCUUGACGGUGAUCCUGGCGGUCUGGAGAUACAUCGCGGUGGCGCAUCCACAACAUAAUCGUGAGUGGUGUAGCGACAAGCGCACCUUUCUGGUGAUUGCUUCUGCCUAUAUAUGCUGCCCAAUACUCUGCAUACCGCUUUACAUCAACACCGAGGUGAGAUCUGGGAUUGAGUUGUUGGACGAGCGAGGGAUGAGCAUAAAUCUGACAAAGCUGAAUGAUACAGACGUGGUGACCAACACUACCCUGUACUUUGUCAAACUCACCGAGACGCCGAUAAGCAACGUUCUCAAAGACAUUAACUUCUGGAUUUACAGCGUGGUAAUUAAGCUGAUACCGUGCGUCGCAUUGACAGUGUUGAGUAUUAAAUUGGUAAAGGUAUUGCUGGAAGCGAAGCGGAGACGGAAGCAACUUACUACAAAAAAUACCGCUAUCAAAAUGGGCAACGGUAAGGAGCACACCUGCCAGAAACCCAAGAAGAAGAGAAAAGGCACCGAUAAAGAGAGACAAACUGACAGGACUACGAGGAUGCUGCUGGCGGUGCUCCUGUUGUUCCUCGUCACAGAAUUACCGCAGGGCAUUUUGGGACUGCUCAGCGUUAUACUGGGCACGAAAUUCUUCAAUACAUGUUACGUCAUGUUAGGUGACGUGAUCGACAUCCUGACACUCAUAAACUCGGCCAUCAAUUUUAUCCUGUAUUGCGCAAUGAGCCGUCAAUUCCGCAUGACCUUUAAUCAACUAUUCUGCAGCCGAUGGCGGCUGAUCGGCAGAUGGAUGGCGGUGCCGCACCAGCCGAUGGAGAACACCGGAACUAAUCACACGGUGACCCAGGUCACUCAGGUCUAGCGCCGAAGAAACCAACGGACCUUUUGCUAUCCGGUAUAAAGAGAGCUCCCGCUGAUUAGUUCCCUUUCAGACACGCGUAUUGCAAGUCCGCGAAUUGAAGGAAGGAUGUUUCCUUCGCGAUUCGCUACAGUCGCUCGUGUAAACACAUAGCGCAGCGAGCAAAGAGAGGUGAAAUUUAUUUGCUCGCUACUGCCACUGGUCCUAAUUGCAUCGCCGUUGCGCGAACUUUGCGCGACACCCGGGGCGUUUCCCGACAUCGGCUUCAUCUCUCGACAUGCGACACGCCAGAUGUGUAACAAAUAUUUGCUUAAAUCGGUUCAUGAACCACUAUGUUUUUCCAAUAUGUGUCUCUUUGCAAUUUUCUAUAUUACUUAUUUACAAUCAAUCAGCGUCUCAUCAGUCGACGAUACGCACAAUAAUGCGUUACACUUAAAAUACAGAUGUGAUACGUGUGUGAGAGCGCUUGACAACAACUGCCAGAUUAUUGUCAUCGCUCGGAUUACUGUCAUUCUAUAAUGCGAUCGUUCACACACGCGAGAUCGCCGAGAUAUAUUUAGUUAAAAAUUAUCAACCCUCCAGUGGUGGCACGUAAGCAAUGAAAUGAUGAAACUAUAAUCAAAAUAAUUACGUGAAUGCAUUGAAAAUAGCCAUUCACAAACAUCUCAUUUUCUUUCAUCGAGAUUCCGAAAUUUUUCAUUAUAAUGUGCAUACAAAUAACAAAAGAUAAUACAAUAUAUCACUACGCAGCUGGUCUGCUUAUAUUCUCUUUCUCCUGUUACAGUUGAACAAGAUUUCAAAGUUUGUAAAAAAGUUGGAUCAUAAAAUAUAUAUAAUUAUCUCACAAUUACAUGACAUGACAUUCUUAUAAUAAGAAAAAUAUUUGUCAAAAGAUUACUUUAUUAUUUCCAAUAUCUAUUAACUCUUUGUAUAUGCGCUUCAAUAUUCAUUUAUAUUUUCAAUUAAUUAAUAUAACUGAUUUUAAUUUUAUUGGUUCAUUGUUUUAUUUAGUUUGUCGAAAGUUCUACGGCGUAUUCAGAAAACUUACGUAAUUAAUAGUAAUUGGUCUAGAUACAAUGGGGCUAAAUUCUAUUUGCAUAUUAUAUAUAUCAUAUAUACGUACAUAUGAUGAUGAUAUAGAAACAUUUAAAUUAUAGUGCGCUGAGUAAAUUGUUAAUAUUUAGCUAACCGAACGGCUUAAUUGGAAUGUAACAAAGCGCAUUUAUGAAACUGAGGUCAAAUAGCUCAAAAUUUGAAUUAAAAAACGUACACAACGAUGCAUCAUGCCACCUACGGUGAAAUAUAAUUCUCUGCGGCUAACAAAACGCAAUUUUCCAUAGCUUAAUUACAUAAAUCAAAAAAGUCUUAUUCUUGAGAAAAUGCAAUAGUUGCUUAAAUAGCUUAGAAUCUCUUAAUGCAGAUAAAUGCAUAACAUCUAAAUUAAAGAUAAUAUUGACUAUUAUUUUUUGCUAGAGGCUUAAAAGCGACCUUUUUAAAAUGUUCUUAGAAAACGUCUCACACUCGUCAAACUAUUAAAAACGUGCGUGCUCUCCCUUAGCAUUUAUUUAUCUUUAUAAAUUUAUCUUCUGUUUGUUUGGAA